UUCGCAUAUCCCCAGCUUUCACCUUCCACGAUACCCCCUCUAUUACACCUUCCAUCCCACCCCCCCACAGCCACAAUGUCCGCCAUCAAGUCAAUCCGCAGCAUCGCCCCACUCCUCGACCGCAUCCUCGUGCAGCGCCUAAAGCCCGAGGCCAAGACCGCAACCGGCAUCUUCCUGCCCGACAGCGCCGUCAAGGACCUGAACGAGGCGAAGGUGCUGGCCGUGGGUCCCGGCGCUCUGGACAAGGAUGGGAAGAGGAUCCAGCCGAGCGUGGCGCCGGGCGAUAAGGUGUUGAUUCCUCAGUAUGGUGGAAGCCCCAUCAAGGUUGGCGAGGAGGAGUACUCGCUUUUCCGCGACCAUGAGCUCCUGGCCAAGAUCAACGAGUAGACGACGCCUUCCGAACAGCGAACCGCGACCUCCCCCUGUAUCUUUACUGUAACACCAACCACCACCACCGCCGCCGCCCUUAUAACCCUCGACGAGACGCUAGCAUCUGCCGGCGUUCAAUUGGCUUGUUUGUGAUUGGGCCAUCUGUAUUGGAAGCGUUCUAUAUUUUCGAUGUGUGUAGUUGCAACAGCAAGAUAGGGAGGUCUAGGAAUAAUACAAACAUCUCUGCUCUGUUGAAGUUGGGGAACUUUACAUUGAC